UUCACUACCACUGAGGUGAUAAGGACUUGCUUUUUAUGCUCUUAGGAUGGAACAGAAGCGGGACUUGUAAAAUGUUGCCUUGUAAGAAGAGAAGAAGUGGAGUGACCGAGUCUGUGCAGCAGCAAGAUGACCAGGAGGGCGAAGAUUUAGACCUUGAGGCUGCUGUGAAGGCAGACAUGGACCAGCUCCCAGACUGCACGUCAGAGUCACUGUCCUGGGGUCAGAGUCACGACAGUGCAGGGCGCCCUGAAGUGCACUCCAUGCAGGAUGUAGGCAGUCAGCUCAGUGUGGAGGGCACGCCUUUAAGCUCGAAGAUGCUCACCCAGCGUGUGAACUUAGCAGUAUCGGAAGCUGUUGAUGUACCGGUCUCUCAGGAAAUCCCCGUUCCUUCCUUGGAAUCUUCUCAUUCCCUUCCUGUACAUACGGAUAAAGGGAGACUCCAGUCCACUGCCUCAAGGAAAGGGAAGAAAAUUGCCUUCAUGCCUGGGCAGGUCACCAGAGAAGACGGAGGGGAUCACACUGUCCCAGAGGAGCCUCCUUCAGGAGAGCAUGCCGAAGAAGUCAAGGCAGAAGGAGGAGAACUUGAGAUGCAUUCUGAAGGGGAGUUACCCUCGCUGUCAUCAGGCAGUCAAUCUGCAAAACCGCGUGCCCAGCCUAGGAAGUCAUUCCAGCCAGACGGUUCUGCCUUUCCUCAAGAAAAGCCACUCGGACCUCUGGUUCGCCAAGCUGAGGAAGACAUGGAGGAUGGUGGACUCUUUAUUCCAACCGAAGAGCAAGAUGGUGAAGAAAGCGAUAAAAGGAAAAAACCUAAAAAGGGAACCAAGAGGAAGCGAGAUGGAAGGGGUCAGGAGCAAGGGACAAUGACGUACGACCCAAAAGUGGAUGACAUGCUGGACCGCACCUUAGAGGAUGGUGCCAAGCAGCACAAUCUGACAGCAGUAAAUGUCCGCAACAUCCUGCAUGAAGUAAUCACGAAUGAACACGUUGUGGCCAUGAUGAAGGCGGCCAUCAGUGAGACAGAAGACAUGCCGCUGUUUGAGCCUAAGAUGACCCGCUCUAAACUGAAGGAAGUUGUGGAGAAAGGAGUGGUAAUUCCGACAUGGAAUAUUUCACCAAUUAAGAAAGCCAGUGAAAUUAAGCCCCCACAGUUUGUGGAUAUUCACCUCGAAGAUGAUGACUCCUCAGAUGAAGAGUACCAGCCAGACGAGGAAGAGGAAGACGAGACAGCUGAAGAGAGCUUGUUGGAAAGCGAUGUUGAAAGCGCUGCUUCGUCUCCACGGGGAGUGAAGAGGUCCAGACUGCGGCUGUCCUCUGAAGCGGCCGAGGCAGAUGAGGAGAGUGGCGUGUUGUCCGAGGUUGAGAAGGUCGCCACCCCUGCUCUUAGGCACAUCAGUGCUGAGGUCGUGCCCAUGGGGCCUCCACCUCCUCCAAAACCAAAGCAGACCAGAGACAGCACUUUCAUGGAGAAGCUAAACGCAGUGGACGAGGAGCUGGCGGCUAGUCCUGUCUGCAUGGAUUCUUUCCAGCCCAUGGAGGACAGUCUGAUUGCGUUCCGAACACGCUCUAAGAUGCCUCUGAAAGAUGUCCCUCUGGGCCAGCUGGAGGCUGAGCUUCAGGCUCCAGACAUCACUCCGGACAUGUAUGACCCAAACACAGCUGAUGAUGAGGACUGGAAGCUGUGGCUGGGGGGCCUCCUAAAUGACGACGUGGAGAACGAGGACGAAGCAGAUGAUGACGAUGAUCCAGAAUAUAACUUCCUGGAAGAUCUUGAUGAACCAGACACAGAGGACUUUCGAACUGACCGCGCAGUGAGAAUCACUAAAAAAGAAGUGAAUGGGCUGAUGGAGGAGCUGUUUGAGACGGUGAGUAAUGAGUUUUGACUCAGUGGAUUAGUGGAAUUCUGUAGAACGCUCUGUCCUUUAUUAUUCACAAUUGUCUUUCCAGCAGAAUGGUCUGUCUGUGUCAGGGCCACCUAGGAGUAGAGUGGCCAGAAAGUUCUAAGUGGUAGCCUCUUGAUCAUCUUCUACAUGUUCUUCCUACAGGCUACCUUUGCAGACUAUCAUUAGGACACUGAUCACAGAUUUUGAUCAUAAAAUUGUAUCUUGAUUUUAGGCAGUGUUUUAGUUGAAGCAGAAAUUUGUAUAGCCCAGGAAAGUUUACCCUCCAAAGAGAGAUUGGACUGGGUGGUUCUAAAGGGGAGUAGCAGGUAAAUCUGUCUCUUGGAAGAUUUUUUGGUUGUGUGCGGACUGGAGAGAUGGCUCAGAAUCUGAGAGCACCUGCUGCUUUUCCAGAGGACCUAAGUUCAGAUGUCGGGUUGUAGGUGCCACACAGAGAGAGAAGCCCACCAAGAUGCUAAGCCUUCAUUUUCCAAAGGAGCAGAGUGGUUCAGCCUUCUCAGAAAAGACUGUCACCCAGCUAACUCACUCCAGUUACUUUAUUCAAACAUUCUACAAGGUUAAUUGGGGCUGGGCAAGGUUCCAAAUACAAAGUUAUCUUGCCCUUGCUGCCUGUGAGAGCAGACGGCCCACACAAACUUCAGUCCCUUUUGACCAUGGCUAACCAUAAUCAAAAUUAAGAACUCCAGGUUUGCCAGGAAUACCUUAGGAGCGAGGUUGGUACGGCUGCCAAUUCUCAGGUAACACUAAAUGCAGAUUCUCUAGAGAGACAUUUCUUCAAGGUUCAAACAGUCGCAGAACAAUUUCUCCUCUUCUACUGAUUGACCCGCCCAUAGUAAAGGCUUAGCUGAAACCCUGCACUCAAAGACACACACAAAGGCUUUACAUACAUACAUACAUGCCACUACGCCUUCCCC